AGAGGGAGAAUGAAGGAAGCAGAAGAAUAAGCGCGCGAAAUCACACAACACACGCCUCAAAGUGAUGUCAACGCUCGCCUCGCUCGCUUUCAUCUCUUCGGCCACCAACCGUUGUUAUCUCGUCGGCAAAAGACAUCAGUGGCUCCCUCGACGCCUCCUUCUCCUUCUUUCGCUCUCUCACGCGCUCGCUCCUGCAUGUUCACCCAACAGACUCGAGACGAUUAUCUCAGUGAUUCGGUCUACAAGUCCAUCGCCUGACUUCUUCCAUUUGCCUUGCCCACCCUUUGCCGCGCACGUCGACAUCAUGUUCGCUGCUGUGCGCGCACCUUCUUCGAGCGCCGCUCGCUCUCUCUCGCUGUGCGCUCUGCGCUCGCUCAGCGUCGUCCGCGUCGGCAAAAUGAGUCCCUCGCACACCCUUCCUCGUUCGCCGAGCGUCAGCUCAUCCCGCGGUCUGGCGACGGCCGUCCCGGCUUUGGACAUCGCCAUCACUUCUUCGCCCGCACCAGAGUCGCAGCCAGCCACGCUGCACCUCAAGUCCGGUCAAGCCAUCUCUGGCAAAUCCUUUGGCUCUCCUCGCACGCAAUUCGGCGAAGUCGUCUUUACAACGGCCAUCACCUCCUACACCGAGUCGCUCACCGAUCCAUCCUAUCAAGGUCAAAUCCUCGUAUUCACCCAGCCGCUCAUGGGAAAUUAUGGGGUGCCAGAUAAUUUCAGCGGCUACAGUCCCAAUGGACAUGCUGAAGAUGUCGACGUUGGAGCUUUCCUGGAAAGCCGCGGAAUUCAAGCUGCUGGCGUCGUCGUCUCUGACCUCUGCGAGAGGUUCUCCCACUUUGAGGCUCGCGAAAGUCUGGCCAGCUGGUGCGCUCGUCACGACGUGCCAGGCAUUUCGGGCGUCGAUACGCGCGCUCUCACCACGCUCCUGCGCAAUCAAGGGUCCACCUUGGGAGGCAUCGUCGUCGGCGAGAAGCACGACGUCAAGCCGGAAGCUGAUCAAUUCUUCGAUCCGAUGGAACUCAACUUGAUCCAGAGCGUCAGCACGAAACACGCCUACACCAUUCAUCCUCGUCUAGGAGAGAGCGGUGCGCGCGCUCACAUUGCUCUGCUCGACUUUGGAAGCAAGGCCAACAUCGUUCGUUGCUUGGUGCGAGAAGGCGUCAGCGUAACUGUCCUUCCGUGGAAUUACGAUUUCAACGCGGUCAGGGAUCGCUUCGAUGGACUCUUCCUCUCCAACGGACCCGGCUCUCCCAACUCCAUCCCCGAAGCCAUCGAGACGACGCGCAAGGUGAUUACAGAGUGGAACAGGCCAGUAUUUGGUAUUUGCAUGGGCAAUCAGAUCAUCGGUCUAGCAGCAGGAGCGACGUGCUACCGCAUGUCCUUUGGAAAUAGAGGCCACAAUCAGCCCGUCAUCAGCCUAUCCACUGUCGGCAACUGCAUCAAGGCGGGUCGCGUGUACGUCACUUCGCAAAACCACGGUUAUUGCUUAUCGUGGGAUCACGAUGCGCCCAACGGCGGUUGGCCAGCCGGAUGGAUCCCUUGGUUCGUCAAUGCAAACGACGGCAGCAUCGAGGGAUUGCGCGCUUCGCCAGAGAGCGGCAAGCUGGUCUGGGCUGCGCAAUUCCAUCCCGAAAGCGCUGGAGGUCCUCAGGAUAGUCACGGCAUGUUUACGGAUUAUGUGGACGAAGUGGUCAAGCUUAGGAAUGCGGAGGGAAGAAGCGUGGGAAAGGGACUGGAGGAGGAGCAGCUCGUUCCGGCUCCACGCAGCGCUACGGGUACGCCGAUAGGACACGUCGUCAGCCCUUCCACGGCCAACGUAGUCUCGCCAAAGUGACGCGCCAUGCGCCUCUUUUUCCUCGCGAAUUUUCCCAGAAGCACGGCGCCCGCACACAUGAAAGCCACUUUAAUCGAAUGCGUUUGAUCUACACCGUGGGCUAAAGUGUGCGGGUUCACUUUGCGUGGCCAGCACAUCAAUCACGAAACUUUUCACCGAAAGGACGAAUCUGUGAUUGGGGUCCCAUCUGAACUAUCUCGAGGAUGUUGCGUGGCUCUCCCGGAGCGCUGGACAUCUGAUGAAUCGUGCGCAUUCGUGUAGCUGUUUGGCCUCAUCACUACGAGCGCGUGCGCUCUGACUCUCGCUCUCGAAAGCCGUGCGCGAGAAGGACUGAUGCAAAGACAUGGAAACAACAAUGAGUCGAGCUGGUCUGCAUGAUUGUAGAUGUGAACCAAUUUUUUGCGCGAGAGCAGCGCGAGUGGGUGCUGAUGUUGGGGUUCAUGCCCCCUCCCAGCCCUUCCCCC